AGCAGCAGCAGCAGCAGCCAGUCCUGCACACUCCUCCUGUCCUCACUCUCCCAGCCUCCGCUCGCUGCCCGGCUAUGUGCCCGGGACACGGCAGGAGGAACCACUCUUAACGGGUCCCGCUGACAGACUCGGGCAUCAAGGUGACCGACCGGGAGCCCGCCAGCCCUCCAUCCAGCCCGCACACGGCUCCAGGUGAGCCGCGCAAGAACGCACCACGGACCGCCGGACACGGACACGCUCGUCCCCGCCGGGGAAGAACAUGGUAGUAUCUGGCAUUGGUGGGGCUGAAAAUACCAGAAUUCACCAUUUGGUGUGUUAUUGACCUGACCCGAGCAAAAAAAAAAAAAAAAAAAAAUGAAACAAUUUUUCAACAGUCUGGUUUCUUUUUUUUGAUCAGACUCUGUCCGAGUAUUUGUGAAAAUCCGAGCCUGUCCCGGUCCCCCUGCAGCAGCUCACUACCAGCAUCCUCAGCAUCACUACCAGCAUCUUCAGCAUCCUCCUCAUCACUACCAGCAUCCUCCUCAUACCAGCAUCCUCCUCCUCAUCACUCUUCAGCAUCCGAGGCUUCAUCGUGAAGAUGGCGACCGGGUCGGGCUGGCAGCAGUACUACUGCCCUGCCGGUCAGGGGAAAUUUACUUCAUCCUCAACAACCAGCACGUCCUUCCAGACCGGCAUCGCCAUGGAAUAUACUCAAGACCUACACCUGAAGAUGAGCAAGAAAAUCGCCCAGCUAACAAAGGUUAUCUAUGCCCUUAACACAAAAAACGAUGAACACGAAGCUGCCAUCGCCACCCUGAAAGAGGCGCAUGAAGAGGAGGUGCAGCAGAUUCUUUCCGAGACCAGAGAGAAGAUCCUGCAGUAUAAGAGUAAAAUCAGUGAUGAGCUGGAUCUGAAGAGGCGGAUCCAGUCUCUGGAGGAGUCCAUGGAGCUCCAUGAGAGGAUGAAGAGGCAAGCGCUUGCUGAGUUUGAAAGCUAUCGACAGAGGGUGGAGGACAUGCAGCUCUGCACCGAGGCCCAGCACACACAGCGCGUGGUGUCCAUGUCCAGGGAGGUGGAAGAGAUGAGGAGAUCCUUCGAGGAGAAGCUGCGUACCUUCAGCCAGGCCCAGGCUCAGUUUGAGCAGGAGAAGAGGGCUGCUCUUGAGGAGCUCAAAGCUCAGCACAGACAAGAGAUCCAGGAGCUCCUCCGCAGCCACCAGAGUCAGAACGCAAACUACAGUAAAGACCAAGAGAAGCUCGGCCUGCUCCAUAAAGCUGAGGUGGAUUCUCUGACAGAGAGGGUGGAGGAGCUGAAACAAGACAAGAAGAGGCUGGUGGACGAGUACGAGGCCAAACUCAGCAAGGCUCAAGCCUUUUAUGAACGCGAGCUGGAGGCCAUGAAAAGAACCCAGCAGCUGACCGCUGACAACUUGCUGGCGUGGAAACGCACCGAGGCCGAACUGCGGCGGGAGUUCCAGACUCAGGAGGCAGCCCUCCAGAAAACCCUGGGAAAACUGAGGACCGAGCUGGCCAGAGUAACAGACGAGGCCCGGGAAAACCGCGAGAAGUCCCACAAGCUGCAGGCGUCGCUUACUGCCGCGGACGGCAACAUCAAGGACCUAACCAAGCAGCUGGAUGAGGUGACCCAGAACUCAGAGAUUGUAGAGAUUCGUCAGAAGGAGGCUGAGUGUGAACUAGAAGCAGCCAGAGACCGAGUUCAGCAGCAAGCAACUGAAAUACUCCUCAAAGCCAGUCAGAUCAGCAGCCUGCAGGGCACCCAGAUGACCCAGGAGGCAGCUAUAAGGGACCUGGACAACGAGCGGAGCCGGCUCAAAGACAAGGUGCUGAGGCUGGAGGAGGAGAGCGAGUCUCUGCAAAACCAGAACCAAGCUCUGGAUGAAAGACAGAAGCAGCAGAUCCAAUCCCUGGAGAAGACACUGCAUGAGGAGAAGGCAUCCCAUGAGAAGGAUAUGAACAAUAUGCAAGAUAGAUAUGAAGAGGAGGGGAGCCAGAUGAAGGAGAGCCAGGCUCGAGCUCUGGAGGAAGUCGCCAAGAAGCACAGAGUGACCCUGGAGACGGCUCUCACCAAUGCAGAAAGGGAUAAAAACCGCCUGGUGACUGAGUUGGAACAGCAGUUUGAGCGGGAGCGCCAAUCGCUAGAAGAACAGAAGACGCUUCUGAAGCAACAGCUGGAUGAGCUGAGGGAGGAGCUGACGUCCACGCUCAACGCAGCCAACGAGGAGGUGUCUCGGCUGCAGCAGGAGGUGCAGCAGGGGGAGCAGGACUUCACAGCAGCUGAGGGGCAGAUCUCCACGCUGAAGGAGGCCCAGGACAAGCUGCUGGAGGAGCUGGAUGCUACCAGGGCCCGGCUCAGAGAGACCAGCAACCUGCUGACUGCUCUGCAGGGAGAACUGGAAACCCAAAAGCGUCAACAUGAUGCCAAACUCAUUACUACCAAAGAAGAAGAGAAGCUCAAGAUGGACAAGAUGGCUCUGGAGCUGGAGCUCAAAUGGACCGAAACUCUCAGGCAGGAAUGUAAGAAGCUACGUGAGGAACUGAGAGAGGAGCAUGAAGAAGACAAGGCUUCAGCACUUGCCCAGUUGGCGCAGAGCAAGGAGCAUGAGCUGAGCAGCGCCAGGGAGAGCUGGCAGAGGAAAGUGGAGGACCUGCUGGAACAGAUAUCCCUGCUGAAGCAGAGUCUGGAGAUGCAGCUGUCCCAGUCGCAGUCGUCCUUGCAGCAGCUACAACACCAGUUCAGCCAGGAGCGGGAACACCUGAGGAUGCAGCUGGACGAGCUGCAGACGGAGCACCAGAGGCGACAGCAGCGCCUGCAGGACGCCCACUGCUGUGCCGUGCAGGACAUGGAGCACGCCAGGCAACGUGACCUGAAGGACUUGGAGGAGCGUCUCCGCCACCAUCACCAUGCGGAGCUGCAGUCUCUGCGAGAGGCCCACCGGCAGAGCCUCGACACGCUCAAACAGCAGUCAGAGCAAGAGCUGCAGACGCUGCGCUUUGAACUGGAGGACGAAGGCAAAGCCAUGCUGGCCUCUCUGCGAUCAGAGUUGAACCACAUCCACGCGUCAGCCAUUGAACACCUGCGACAAACGCACCAACAGGAGUCAGCGGCUGCCAAGGCUGAGCUGGAGAAAACCCUGGAGUACAAUCAGACACAGGAGUGUGAACUGCUGGGCCGCAUCUCUGAGCUGCAGGAGGAGGUGUCCCGGAGGAAAAGCCACAUCGCUCAGCUGGACCACCAGAUCCACACACUUAACGAGAACAUCAGCACUCUCACCAAAGAGCUGGAGCUGAAGGGCAAGGAGGUGCUCAAGAUUCGCAGUGAAGCCAAUCAGCAGAUCCGGGCUCAUGAGCAGGAGCUGAUGAAGAGGCACGAACGGGAGCUCGCCGAGCUGAGUGCCGUCCACAGCAGGGAGACGCAAAACAUGCUGUCAGACUUCAAUAAAGCACAAGAAGUGCUCAAAGACAAGAUCUCUGCCCUUCAGAUACUAUUGGAAGGAACAGAGGAGAAAUUCAGGAACAGAGAGAGUCGUCCUGAGGACCUGCAAGUCAUCGCUGAGCUGAAGGACAUGGUGUCUGAGAGAGAAUCUCUGGUGAAAAAGCUGGUGGACGAUAAGAAGUUCUACCAGCUGGAGCUUGUCAACAGGGAGACCAACUUCAACAAAGUGUUCAAUGCUAGUCCUAACGUAGGAGUUAUCAACCCACUAAUUAAGCAAAAGAAAAAGAAUGAGAAAACAGCAGCCAGCAGAUUCAGCAGCUCUCCCAAUCUCAGGGCUCUGGAGGCCGCAGGCAUGGGCGUGGGCGUGGUGGGCUCAGGGAGUGGGCACCCCCCACACCCACCACCCCCGCCCCCAGCCCCUCCCGGCCGCCUAGAGCCCAUCCCCAACUCCCCCCUCCACCACCUUGAGCUCAACUCCAACAAACCUCUAGCCCCGCCGACCCCUCCCACCGAACCCAAGAAGUUCCUGAGCCCUCCUGAAACGAAGGACUCCGCCAUCGACUCCGCCGACGCCCAGCGCCAGGAGUGUUUCGCCCAGUACUUUUCCUUUUGACUGACCAUAAACCUGCAAACACGAGGAUUCAGCAUGUCAACUAAACUUUAAAAAGAAAAAAAGAAAAAAACUGAGGAAAAAAAAAAAAAAGAAAAACAAUGUUAAAGCAAUUUGUUAUUUAUUGUUAUUGAUCAGUUUUGGGGUCGUUUCACUUUCACUCUGUCAACUGAAGCUGCGAUCGGUGGUCUGAGAAUCAGCCCUGGUGGACCUGUCAGUGAAAGACGGCGAUGAUGAUCUGUUGACUGACGGACUGAAACUGGACGGAACCCAAUCCUGCCGUCCGAUGUCAUCACUCUGAUCUGAUCCGAUUGAUCGUCUGAUGGUCUCACCGUGGACGAGUUUCUGUCUAAGUACAGUGACAUCAGUAUGUUUGAUGUUUAUUUCAUUUCAUUACUUCGUAACUUAUUUUGCAGUUUCUUGGAACUAGAAAAUAAUGAGUGGUGCGUUAUCAUGCUGCUAAAUGCCAUUGUUGGACUAAAGUAAGAAAUAUAUACAUAUAAAGAACUAUAUGGUAGGUUAUUGUGCUCUCUCUGUAAGCGGGCCGCUGCAUCCAGCAUCUUAGACUAGGAGGGCUGAUCUAAGACCAGUUGGCCUCCUCAUUUAUGGUGACAUUCACAUGGACCUGAUCCCAGAUCAGUGAGGCGUCUCUGAUAUGCUCCAUGAAUCCAGGCUCUGAUUUUAGGAUGGCACCAUCAUGUGGAGUUUGUUACAGCUGCAUAGGAGUUUCAGCAGAUUUUGGUAGAAUAUUAAUACCUGUUUGUAUGGAUGUCUGUCUCAACACAGAUAUAAUGAUGUCUCACCAAUUUUAAGAACAAAAAUAGCAUAUUUUAUAUUUAUAUUAUAAAGUGUAUGCUUAAUAAAUAAUUAUUGUGACAUUUACU